GGAAGAGCUGAGAUAUCGGCCUGCUUGAAGGACAGCCAGACCCCCACGCCAAACAGUCCACAUCCUCCCAGCUGCAUGGCAGAUUGUAAGGCUGCGUCUGCAUUUAAUUGGGGAUUGCCUUGGAUUAGUGGCCCAACAUUGACCUAAUCUGUCUGAGUCAUUGGCACAGGGACACGUACUAACACUGGUGACAGCAAAGGGAAAGUGGAAGGGAAGUAAACGACAAACACAAAGAGGGACAAAUAAGGACAGGUAAGAAGAAGAAGAAAGAUAAGGUUACGGUCGACGAGGCCCGUUAAAAAAUGGAGAACCAGGAGGACAGAGAAGUAGACAGCGAGGAGGAAGAGUGGGAAUCGCCCGCGGCAAUAGAGGCCCAGGACGAAGAGCAGGAGGAGGACGCUGAGCUGGGUAUUGGGGCCGAGAUAGACGACGACGAAGAGGCAGAGUGGGGCUAUGACAGCGAGAUGGUGGACUGGAACUGCUUCCUGGACGGGGACCCGGUGGUGGGCAUACAGGGAGACCUCCUGCCCGGCUGGAAGCCCACCGAGCCGGUCACACCCAACCAGGUGCUCAGGCUGUCCGGAUACACGCUGGACUUCUUGUGCUCGCCUGAGGAUAAUAUUUACAACAUCAUCUUCACACGCUUCAAAAUCAGGGACCUGGACAGCGGCGCUACCAUUCUCGACAUUAAGAAACACUGUCCAACAGAUAUCAUCAGUGAGCAGCAGCAGCAGGAGGCGCGAGAGCAGGGACGCUUCAUCCAGUAUCACUUCUCCCCGGCCUUCCUCGCCCUCAGGGACAUCGGAGCCACGCUGGAGUUUACAGUGGGCACCAACGCCGUAAAUAAGUUCCGUCUGAUAGAGAGGCAUUACUUUAGAAACCUGCUGCUGAAGAGCUUUGACUUUGAGUUUGGCUUCUGCAUCCCGGACAGCAGAAACACCUGUGAGCACAUCUACAGCCUGCCUCAGCUGGAGCCGGAGAUGGUUGAGGACAUGAUCGCGAGCCCCUUUGAGAUGCGUUCCGACAGCUUCUACUUUGCUAACAACAAACUGAUCAUGCACAACAAAGCUGAGUACUCCUUCAGCCCCAAGUAUAGCUACAUCAUCUCGUCCUAAUAUGGCCACCUGCCACGCUUCAGCUGGUCUAAAAGGGGGUCUCCGAAACACUGACAAGGAUUUGGGUGUGCUGAAUUUAGUCCUUUUUAUGUAAUAGAUUUCCCAAGAUUCUGAGCUUUUCUGAUGUUGGUAAAGAACACUGGUGUUACUGAUGUAGAUGUGACUUUCAUGACUUAUUUACAAUAAGACAACCUGUAAUAAAGGAAUGAUAAUAAAGUCUGUUGUGUGAAUUAA